CCUCUGUCCGCCAGGGGGAGUCGCCUCUACACGCUCUGGUGCCAGAGCAGGUGUAGCGAGGUGAAGCAUCGCGUGUGGCUCGGCUGUUUCCGUCACGGCUCGGCAGUGAACCGCUGUGGAUGUGGGAAUGCGGUUGCCGGAGGCUGUGGGCAUUGCUGGACACUCGGCGGAGAUGUACGCACGGGAGCAGGAGCCCACAGCGGCUGGCUGUCGUCCAAGUUAACGGGCUGUUUUGGGGAUGUGGGUGGGACCCCCGGACGGCUGGGUGUCGCUCGGAGCAGGGGAGCUGGGUGUUCCCCCCCCCCCCCCCCCAUUUAUAGAGCCUGUGAUUUUUCUGCACGGUAGGGGAAUAAGAGAGACACCAGGAAGGAUUCCCCAGCACUAUGGAGCCACGCACUGCAGACAGCCGUGAAAGGUGACAGUGAAAUGAAUUGCAGAGCAUAUGACAAUCAGCUGUACACACUGUGCUGCUGCACAUAGAGGCAAAAAUACUAUCUGCAUCAAGUUGUGGAGUCUGUGAAGCAAACCGCAGCAUCAUGUUCUACGGUUCUUCUUCUGGGGCGAGUAUGUCCCUGCCGUCCAAGAGCCGCUUGAAACGUCAGAGCAGGACCUUCACACAGGUCCUGUACCGUACGUUAAGCUACAGAGACCGUGUUCCUACAGACACUGGAACAAACACCCGAGGGGACCGGCGCUCGACCACUGAGCCUCCGGAGCGGCCGGCUGACGACCCGGCUGAACUCUCCACUCAGAGCUCGGCCCCCGGCGUGUUGAAGAUUUUCGGAGACGAAAUCUGCGCCGGUGCCAACUACAAGAGCGUCCUGGCCACGCCACGCUCCAGCGCGCAGGAACUUGUGAAAGAGGCACUCGAGCGCUACUCGCUCAACAAGGAUGCUGCCCACUCUUAUGUCCUGUGUGAUGUGAUCGGACGUUUCGAGGGAGGGGGCGUGAUCGGUGGGGGAGAAGGAGGAGGGUGGCGGACUGAAUGCUUGCGAGCGCUGGGGGACAAUGAAAAGCCGCUGUUGCUCCAAGAGCUGUGGAAACCCCGAGAAGGACACGCACGUAGGUUUGAGCUGCGCAGGAGAGCAGAGGUGGAGGAACUAAACGCUAAGGAGAAGGAUACGAUCACGGCUGGGCCCAAAACCCCACAAUUCCUGGUGGCUCUAAUGGGUCGGUCUGGGCUGGGCAAACACAGGAGCUCCCCCCUGCGGUGUGGUCGAGUGGUACAGUCCAGCUCUAAAGAUAUUAAUGCCCAGGCUCGUAAGCUCCAGAGGAACAGGGCGAAGGGGACGCUGACCCUGCCCCGAUCCAGCAACUCAUCCUUCUGUCGCAGCCUCAGCGAGACUAGCCUCAACCAGCUGGGAUUGGGAGAGGAGCCCAAGCGUUAUUACUCCACCCUGCCAGGACCACUGAGAGGCCGAGAACGCGAGGGGACCUCCAGCAGCCGGAGAAAAGAGGAGAGCAGUCAGGGAGGAGGAGGAGGAGGGGUGAAGCACUCUCUGUACCAGUCCCCUCAUCUUCUGCUGCUUCAGGGAUUCAAUCGGCAGGACUGCCUGGUGUAUCUGCUGAACAGAGAGCAGCACACGGUCGGUCAGGAGACUCCAUCAGCUCGUCCCAACAUCUGCCUCUUCUCCCCCGACAUCCUGCCGCUCCACUGCCGCUUACGCCGAGUCCCCGCGCCCCGUCGCCACGCCAGCAACAACAACAAAGGAGAAGAGCAGGGGGAGAGUCAACGAUUCUGCGUUGCAGUCGAGGCCGUGCUCAACGCCACAGUCCUGGUGAACUUUUCCCGCUGCGAGCGCUCCACCACGCUGCGGCACGGUGACCUCCUUUCCUUCGGGGCACAUUACAUCUUUCUGUACAAGGACCCCACAGGUUCUAAGCCACUACCCGCGCAGACCUUGGCACGCCUUCGCACGCUGGGUCAGCUUUACGAUGCAGGGGCGGAGGAGGGAGAGGGCGGGGCUCAGACUUGUAAGAUGUGCGGCUCCGUGCUGAAAGAGAGAGCAGCGCAGGUGUCGAGCACCCCGGCGGUCAGACGCGGUUUCAAACCUCACCUGGUGAAACCCCGCAGCGUGGGGACGUCAACAGGAGGGCCAGUUACUGUGUCAGGGGGUGAUGGAGGAGGAAGAGGAGCUGGAGGAGGUCAGAAAAGGAGGCUGCAGCUGGAGUUUGACCAGGCUCAUGAAGACCAGCUGCUAAACAGGAUCGUGUCUCUCAUAGAACCUGGAGGAGAUGACCACAAGCUGACACCUGCCUACCUGCUGUGCAUGUGCAUACAGCACUCUGCAUCGACAUUCCCACCUGGAAGUUUCGGAAAACUGCUGCUCAAGAUCGUCCGGCGAAUCCAGAGCAUAGCAUGGGAGAAGACAAAGGAGCUGGCGCAGAAGCAAGCUCAGCAUAGCCAGGACCCGGCCUCGCUGUCUCUGCUCAGCAUCUCAGACCUGGUCCCAGACCUGCAGACCAUUUUCUUCUGGAUGUCCAACUCUAUCGAGAUCCUCUACUUCAUACAGCAAAGAGCACCAGCAUACACACACAGCAUAGAGACACUGCAAGGGUCAAAGGAGUCGUUGCUAUCAGCGACCAUAUCAGCCAAUGAGGAGGCUAUGACAAUCUUGGAAGAAGUAAUCAUGUACACUUUCCAGCAGUGUGUCUACUAUAUCACCAAGGCUCUUUAUGUGGUGUUACCGGGUCUGUUGGACUGUAAUCCAUUUCCAGUCGACAGCUCUGAGCCCUGCUGGAAAGGAGGCGUGGGGUUUCCUGAACCUGUGCGAAGGGUCUUGCAGGUCUUUCAGAGUGCGCAGGAGCUUCUGCAAGGCUACCAGGUUCACCCAGAGAUCCAGGCUCAAAUGUUUGCUUACCUCUUCUUCUUCUCCAACGUGUCACUGUUUAACCAACUGAUGGACAAAGGUCCGUCUCGGGGUUGGUUCCAGCGUUCCAAGAUGCUGCAGAUUCAGGCAUGCUUGAGGAUGGUCAUGGAGUGGGCGAGCAGGUCCGGUCUGGGACAUCUGGCUGAAAAAUUCUUCACCAAACUCAACAGCACAGUGUCCAUAUUGGCCACACACCCCCAACAGCUCACUCAGUUGGGGUGGCGAGCGCUGUCCAGUGAGCACCCAACUCUAAAACCAGUCCAGCUCCACCGCAUUCUCACUCAGUACCAGCUCACAGCAGAGAUAGGCCCCGUUCCAACAUGGCAACCCAGCAGCGAGGACGAGCCGUACAUAUACAGAACAGUCGACCUCCUGGAGAGCUUUGAGAACCACCCUCCAAUUGUGCUGCCCAGCUCGGGCUUCAGAGUGGACCUGGACAGCGAGUGUGUAGAAGACAGCAUCUACAGACAGCUGCUCUACAUCCGGCACUACCUGUGGGGGCUCCGCACCAAGACGCAAACACACACCAACACUCCCAGUGUGCAGACACACUCCAAUGGAACCAACACAGCUGACUGGCCGGAAGUUCAGAGGGAGCUUCUACCUCCGAGCCACAGCAGUCCCCGUUCAGGGGGUCCAGGGGACGACGGGCCAGGAGAGCCAGGAGAGGAGAGAGGACGGGACAGACCCUCAGGCCAGUCUCACACACACAGCCUCAGACGGAACGGCACCAUUCACCACCCUCGAACUGCAAAUCCAGACCCGUCCUGCCUCCUGACUCCUCCCAAUACCCCCUUGUACCCUGAAGGAGGAGGCGGAGGAGGGCCUGUGCCGCUCAUCGGCACCAACGUUCAGACCAACGGCUGCACCGGCAGGACUGUGGCUGAAUGUAAAAAGACCAAUGGACUCAUCACCAACGGACUGGAGGGGUGUAUUAGUGGGUGUGAAUUCCCUUUCCCUGUAUCCUCCCCCGGCGUCCCCUCCCUUCCUGAUGACUUGUGUGUGGUGUUUGUAGUGGAACUGGACAAGGGACCCUACGGACUGGGCAUGGGACUCAUAGACGGCCUGCACACUCCUCUCAACGCUCCAGGCAUUUACAUCCGGACUCUGAUUCCCGAUGGACCAGCCGCCUCUGAUGGCAGACUGAGGAUUGGAGACCGCAUCCUGGCGGUGAACGGUACCAGUCUGAUAGGAGCAGACUACCAGAGCGCGGUGGAUUUGAUUCGUCUGGGAGGGGGUCGACUGCGUUUCCUGGUAGCCAAGUCCGACCCAGAGGUCUCGGAGAAGAUCAGCGCCUCCUCCUGCUGAUUACCUCGGCCUCCCAGCUAAGACAUGCACAACAUGCUACACCGGACUGGAGAUAGGAACUAACAAGGAAUACAGAUGUGUGCACUGACAAACGGGAUACACACACCACUCUCGGCCAAAGGAGUACCUACGCCUCAUGAAAUAUGAAUGUGAAACCCAGCGUCUGCACGGCUCAAAGCCAAGCAGAUUACACUCCACGACUCCACUGAACAGCUGCCGUACCUGCUUCCCUCACGCAGACUCCUGCUGGGUUUGUAUAACAGACACAAUCUUAAACCCUCGGUGACUUCAAAGGAGUCCGCAGCGAGGAAAGUUGCCUAAUUAAUCAGCGUUUGAGGUGGGUUAGGUCUAACCAAUCAGUAUGCAGUGUGAGGCGGUUUAAAGCACAGCGGAUUCUCAUCAGUCAAGCCCAGAGGCACGUGUGACUUUUGCCAACAGUAUUUUUGAGUCGUUUCUAUUAAAUUCCAGAUGUAAAUAGCACGCUGAGAUGCCUACCCAGUUCUCUGAAACAGGUAGACACAAACUGAAGAUGUACUUUAGAAUUUUAGAAGUAUUUGCAAACAAAGUGAGCCUCAGUGAACCCCUGAAUGUUUUGUAAAUCCAUUUGUUGUAGCGAGCAGUAUCAGCGUCUACUCCACAGACGCAAGUUUGUGAACGAGUGUUGACUUUUGCACUGAAGAGUGGAAGAAAACGACAGAGGCAGUGAACUGAAAAAUCACGAGUAGUACAACCUCGCUCUCCCGUUCCACCUGUGACAUCGUACCUGGACUUCACUUUCGCUGGGGGAGGGGGCACUUAGUUAAUAACCACUCCAUGAAGACCACAUGCUCCACUCCAGACUCUCAGCUGCAUCCUUGCAGUGCAUUUAAACUGCAGCAUAAACAGCUGUUUGUAAAUAUUCAACAUUGUCUCACACAUAUUAUUUGGAUCUUCAGAAGAUGAAGUCGCCUUUGGGAACGACUCGUGUUGUUGUGGGUUUUUUGUUUUUCCUGAAAUAUAUUUGAGACACUAAAGCCUACAGACGGAGAAAAGGGAAAGUGCAGUCAUUGGUUGUAAACUUUUUUUUUGUAUGUCAUGGUUUGCUCAACAACAUUACAAGAAAAGUGGUAGCCACCCAUGCUGUUUGUGCUGGUUUUAAGUUAAAAUAUUGGGCUUGGAUAGCUGCCUGGAAUCAGAUAUAAUUCUCUUUAUUCUAAUUAUGCUUUGAAUAAAACAAAUUUAGCAGCAGCAGUUAUUUUACUAGACAAAACAUCCCAGCUGCCGUGGUCGUAUAGUACAACAUAAAGUACCUCCUGCCCCCGAUCACUUUACCUUGAUAGAAAAGAUCAGAAGGUGAGGACGAGAUGAAGAGAAGCCUGGAGCUCAGAGAGAGCUCGACUGCACUUAUAAGAAACCUUUUAAUGUGAAGGUGGAUGUAAGCCUAGCUCUGCUGUGUAAAAACUACAAAGUCCUGAAGAUGGACUACAAAAAGCACCCAUGUGUCAGGUUGUUCCAUGCAUUUGGUGGAAAAAAUGAAGUGAAAUUACAUUUUUGACAAAUUCGGAUUCAACCUGCAAAACAUCGUCCUUCACCUCGUGAAGCCUGAACCAUGAAGUACCUGAUAGAAAAAUGUUUCUUUUUUAAAACCGAAGCUACAGAAAAAAAAAGAUAAAUUUGGAUAGUUUUAAUUUGUAUUGU